UCUUCUUGUGCACAUAGUUCUACGGUUGAAAUCUGAAGUUAAGAAUUUAAUUAAAAUUUAUAUACCUAAAUAGAAAUGGUUCAUUUAGUCUCAGAUUGUAGUUAAUAAAUUCCGAUUGACGCCAAACCGAACCAAUAAUAUAGUAACGUUAUGCCUACUAAUAAUGUAAUUUACGUUUAUUAAAAACCCUUAAAACAAAAACUUUAAACGGUUUUACACGCAGCACUGUAAAUAUGGAAGUCUUACCUAAAAAAACAAAUGUCACUCGGUGUUUCAUGAACUGGCAGGCGCAUCGCCAUCUGUAGUCUUUCUCCACAGUAGUUUCAUGGUAUAACUACAUUUUUUUCUAUAGACAUAGCAGGACCAAAAGUCAAACACUACCUCAAACCCAGUGUUUUUGCCAAAUUGCAACAGGGCGAUCCACAACAAGGUCGAGUAUCAAUUAUUUCAUUGUUCAAUUACAUCAUGAGAAAGAUGUGGCUGGAUCAUACAAGAGUAGGAUUAUCUGUCUAUGACAGUAAUAGACAAGGAUAUUUAACAGAAACAGAACUGGAAAAUUAUAUAAAUGAUUUGUUGCCUGGCCUGUGCCAGUUAGACGGCUUAGAGAAAUCCUUUCACAGUUUCUGCACUGCUGUAAGGAAAUUCUUGUUUUUCUUGGAUGGAGCAAGAACUAAUAGGAUAAGAAUUCUGGAUAUAUUGGCCAGCACCUUUCUAGAUGACUUAUUAGAGUUAAGAGAUGAAGAACUUAGUAAAGAGAUGCAAGAACAAAACUGGUUCAGUGCCCCCUCUGCUUUAAGGAUUUAUGGGCAUUAUUUGAACUUAGACAGAAAUCACAAUGGAAUGUUAAGCAAAACAGAACUUGCUAGCACAUUAACAAAACCAUUUCUAGAUAGGGUCUUUCAGACAUGUCUCACCUAUGGGGGCGAAAUGGAUUAUAAAACGUAUUUAGAUUUAGUUUUGGCUCUGGAAAACCGUUCGGAACCGCAAGUCUUGGCGUUUUUGUUUAAAAUCUUGGAUAUAAAAGAGUGUGGAUAUUUAGAUGCAUUCACCUUAAGUUAUUUUUUUAGAGCAAUUCAGGAGCAAAUGAAAGCCAGAUCAGAUCAGCCAGUCCCCUUUAAUGACGUGAAAGAUGAACUUUUCGAUAUGGUCAGGCCAAAAGAUCCAGAAAAAAAUCACCUUGCAAGAUUUAAUUAAUUGUGGACAGAGAGAUACUUUCGUUACGAUUUUAAUUGAAUUCUUAUGUUGUUACUGGGGUAUACAACCAUACUGUGGCUACUCCACAGUAGUCUCACUCCACAAUGAGUUAG